AUGCUCGUCGCUUUUCCAGCACCCGUUCUUUCUGUCACGGCGGACGCUGUUAGGGAGCUUGAAGGGGGCGAGGCUUUGGCUGGCUUGUGGACGCUAUUUACGAAAUGCAAAGAAUCACUCAAAGACGGGCGUCGACUCGAGAACAUGUCUUGUAGGCUUUGGUAUCGCGAACUGAUGUUGGCCGGUCCACCAUCAGAGAAGAAGAAGCACCCAGUCGAGAGAGAUGGAGAUGUAGAUCAUCGUCCGCUUACCCCGACUUUGGAUGUGGAUGAGAGGGCUUCCCUGCCACAUAUACCCAUCCCACCGACCCGCAAGCCGUCUUCAAUACGGAGAUCCGGCUCCGUUAUCCGAUGA